AUGUGCCACUGCAUAAUCUGGUACCACGCCCUUUGCUUCCAUGAGGAUCCCGCCUCCACUCUCAACAUCUACUGCAAAGACGCCCUCCAAUGCAACUACGAUUGCGGCUCCCAAGAAACAAUGUCGCUUCCCUUAUUCGGUGCCUGUCCUUCCUGCACGAUAAAGGCAACCUUCGCAAAAAAUAUGCCGCGAAAUACGCAAUCAUAUGGCAUUACCCCAAUCAUGGAAUCGUUUGAAGAUGAGACUUUAGUGGAGAGUGACGAGUGCUGCCUCUCUGGCACUCAUAGCGAGAGCUCGGUCAAUGAAAUAGAACUGUUCGAUAGAGUCACCUUCUGA